GUACGUUUCGCCGGCCUGGAGCCGCUGGGAGGUCCAGACGUCCUCGAGGUUCCCGCGGCUACCGGUGCUCUCGCAGAUUUCCUGGCCAGGGUCGUCCCAAUCGCCGAUGAGCUCCACUUCGCCAGCGUGCGGCGCGGGCGAUCGGAGGCAGGUGUCCGCCUCGUGGUCGACGACGUCGUAGAGGUAGAGCAUGGUGUCGUAGUCGGAGCCGCAGGUCGAAAAGUGGUAGUAGGCCGUCUCGGAGGGCGUGAUCAAAUAGAAGUGGUCGGGCGCGUCGUUGCCCGAGAGCCAGUGCACCGCGUUCCUCGUGGACCCAUAUUUAGUCUCACCGCACGCGAUAUUGUCGACGACGACGGCGCCGGUGAGCGUUGGCGGGACCGACGGCAGGGAUGUCGUGGGUAGCGCGGUCGUGGGGGUCAGCGUUGGCGCCGGCGUGACCGUCGGCGCCGCCGAGACCGUCGGUGCGGGCGACGG